AUGCUUACAGACAGCCUAAAACCUGAGUACUAUCGCAACAAGGGUCGUCCACCCCUUACCGGCCUCAGCGACCACUAUCAACAUUGUCAUUUUUUCGGCAGCACCACAAACGGCAAUGCUGCCAUCUCUACUACCACCGAAGAUUUGUUAUUAAUGGACACCAACUCCUCAACCACCGGCUUUCUCCGCCAGGCCUCUCUGUCCUCCGCCAGCUUGUUGGGCGAUCUGAACGGCAAACCGCUUUUCUAUAUGCCUGCGCUCUCUGCUGAUGUGGAUCCCCUCCUUCCUGUUUCGGAAUCGUCCUCUAAGUCGUCACCGUCUUCCUGCAGUGACGCCUCGCUUAUCGCGCCCACCAACUCGGUGCCUGAUACCGCAUCCACUAGUUUGUCGCCUCAGUUGAAUCUUGUCGGGAGGCUUGUUAUUGGUGAAUUUUUUACUUGUAUCACCUUUAUUGAUGACAUCUUGGACUUUGAGGAGCGCUCCUCGAGACUGCGCCACCUACGUGAGGGGGUGGUUACCAUGUGUUCACUUGUUGUUCAACGUUUUGGGCUUCAGGAUCUCUCCAAAGUGACUGUCUCUUCACGUCGCUCAACCAAGUCCAAACAUCGUCGCAAUCAAACCAACAACAGUUCUCUCUCCAGUCCCCAGUCCCCUUCACCGCCAAAGCCUCCAAAAUCGUCGACUCCUGAAAAGUUUCUUCCUAAGGUUUGUUCCACAACGUCCUCAUCGAAGGUAGAAGAGGUGGAAGAGGAGAAGGCGACUGUGACAGUGACUGUAGAUGCAAUCCCAGUAAUCAAAGUGAGCGACAGCAGUGACACUAACAAUGCGGUUCUGGAAAAUGGAAAUGAGGAGGUUGAUGACGACGAAGGUGGUUUUAUCAUGGUCACUACAAAGAAGAGGAAUCGUCAAGCACGGUCUGCGGCGAAGGCCAACAACGCUUCUGGCCAUCGAUUUACCCGUCCACAGCACCCAGCACUUCUCUCUCCUCUUCCUCCCACUCCUCUUCCACCUCGAAAGUUGCUUAGCCCGCUGCAAUCAAAUAAGGCAACAUCCAAGGCUGGUCAACUUUAUGCUCAACGCAUGGACAAGUUUCACAAAAACUCUGGCCUAGAUUUUAGUACCUACGCCUCCCUCGUCCUCCUCGUCGUUGUCGUCGGUGCUAUCGCCUUGAGAACUAGUCAUCUGACAUUAACCACCCACCUUGUAGAUACACAAGCUCUCCCUCUUUUCCCAGUUGCCAAAACAUCAGAAGAGGUAGUAGUUAGAACAGCAGAGGUUUGUGAAAGUCCAUCUGUUUUCUCCCUCCUCCUUCCUCACCCCCCCCCUCCGUCCCCCCUUCCUCACACCUCCUUCCUCUCCCUUCCGUCCAUAGCCUCGUCUUUUGCCGAUCCAGUUGGUCUUUCUUUUUACGAGUCUGGUCUGUCUUCUUCCCCCUCCUCGUACCUCUACCUCUCCAGCCUCUUCCUUAUCGCAGUAGCAAGUAUUUGGUAA